AUGGGCUUCAUCUACAAACGCUGUCCAGAGUCUGCCAAGGGCCUUGAACAAGGUAAUCCAACCUCCGAGUUAAACAACUUCCUCUCAAGCCCGGAAAAUCAGCAACAGCAACUGGAGCAACAACUAGAUGAACAAGAAGAGCAGAUCCAAGAACUCCGGGAGGAGCAGGAUCAGCAGCUAGCGGAUUAG